AUGGAGAGAACUGAAAUGUCGCUGAUGCUUGACAGUGAUAGAAUUGUCGCUGUUGCUGUCUUUUUAUCUUCAAGUAGCGAAGGUACUUUGUACUUCGGGGACGGUGCUUACACUAACCAACAAUUCAGGCAGCCAUUAGCUUACACACCACUCAUCGCCAACUCUUAUUUUCCUAGUGACUAUUUCGUCGAUGUGAAGUAUAUCGAAAUAGGAAAUGCAAAUGUCACGUACAACAAAGGAUUAUUGUCCAUUAACAAGAAAAAUGGAAUUGGAGGAACCAAAUUCAGCACUUUAGUUCCUUACACUACCAUGGAGACAUCAAUAUACGAGGCCUUCACAAGCCUUUACAUUAAGAGAGCUAAAGCCAUGGGUAUUUCUAUGGUUUCUCCUGUUGCGCCUUUCAGUGCUUGUUUUAAUGCAUCGACGAUUGAAAGCAGACCAGAUGGUCUUGUGGUGCCAACCGUUGUUCGUGGAUUGCGCAACGAUGCAUAUUGGCAGAUGACUGGGCCAGCUAAUUCUUUGAAACUUGUUAAGGAUAAUGUGUACUCGUUUUUAUUUAUCCCAAGGAUUCUCAUUUCAUUCUGUUAA